AUGGGGAGUGCGCACCCUUCCACUAUUUGUGAUAUGUUAACUGACAAACGUUGUUUUUCUGGCGUGCCCACAACAACAACAACCACACUGGCAAACAAGCAAAAAUUAACAGGUCUUAGUCGAUCAAAUACAUGUGGUGUAACAUCGACUCAGAAAAAAUCAAUAGUACCAGCUGAUUCACCUACAAAACGUAAACUUCUCUUAAAACCAUUAUUAUCAACAAGUGGAAAACAAAUAAAUGAUGAUGAAAUCGUCAGUACAAGUUUACAAAAUUUAAAAUCACUUCAUACUUUACGUAUUGAUAUUAAUCAGAUAAAUCAAAUUCGUUCAGAUGAAGUACAAAAAUUAAAUCAACUCAAAAUAUUAGAUAUAGGCGAAUGUCCUAUUGAAAAUAUUGACUUUAUAAAUACAAUAUCUUCCAUAUGUGAAUUACGUGCAUCUGAUUGUCAAUUGUCUCAUAUACCCGUGUCGUUUCGUUGUCGAAAUUUACUUGAUUUAGAUUUAAGUGGAAAUUGUCUUGAAGAUAUACAAUCAUUGAAAACUUUGUCAUCAUCUUUAAGAAUAUUACAUUUAUCUCGAAAUAAAAUAAAAGAUAUUAGUAUACUAUCAACGUUAAUACAAUUGAAUGAAUUAGAAUUAAAUCAAAAUUUAAUACAAUCGAUACCAAUGACAUUUGAAAAAUUAACAAAUUUACAGCGUUUAAAUUUGACACAAAAUCUUAUUGAACAAUGGAAUGAUAUUGUAGGUGGAUAA